AUGGCUCAAGCUGUCAUGGGAAGUCUUUCCCGAUUCUCAAGCACAAUGCGCCGGUCGAUCACAUCCCAAACCCGCAAUUACGCAUCGAGAACAGCGAUUCCGACUUUUACUCCAACCUCAUCCCCCGAACUGGACAAGCUGCUUGACAGGUUCCGGAACGACAGAUUUAUUCCAGCGGGUCUUCCGAAACGCCAACGCCAAAGCAUGUUCAAGGAAAAGCAUGCGCAAAGACUGACUGAGGAACCUAUCACUGUUAAAAUCAGCGAAAAUGAGGAAUAUACUUUUCGACCGAUGAAGAUAACUGAAACACCAACCAAACGGGAUGCAUUUGCGGCCCUGCAACUCAUGAUGUCCAUGAACGAGUGGAAGAACCUUCUCCCCUUCUUGUCUGGUCUGCAUGCGGCUGGUUUUCGAAUUGGCCAGGAUCGAUGGGAACAACUUGUCCGUCGAGCUGGCGCUGCUGGGAAACUUUCUCUUAUUCUUGAAUGUGCCCGGCAGGGAAGUCACACCGGUUUGCACCUCCGAUCCAUGGGUGUCGUGCGCUCGCUUUUCUACCAGAUUCACCUUGCCGCGGAGCAGGCAGGAUACAAGGGUGAUGCGGUAACCAAAGCUUUCAAUACGACAAGACAGGCUGUUGACCUGAUGGACCAAGACCCUGUGCUCCAAGAAAUAGGCGCAAAGGCGGAGAAUGUAAAGCACCAGCCUUUCGUAAUUGGCACAUUACUUGAACUCAGCGCAAGCCGUGCUAUCAAUGAGUUUGGUGCCAAGGACGAGACCAAUGAAGUCCUGAACUACGCACGAAAGCUCGUCGCCUCUUGGUCCUACUUCUCCAAGGAGGUCGCUACCGAGGACCGCCAUGAAGCAGUCAAACGGAUUCAGGAGCUGGCCCCUGUCUACAAUGGAUUACGUCAGAGUCUUUCAAUCCACGGACUCGCUGUUGACAAGGAUCUUCAUUCGGCAGUAACGACCUGCCUGGCCGAGGCAAAGGAGACCCUGCAAAAGCAGGUGGAUGCAUUCUCACCCGAGGCUCAGAAGCAAACCAAGGCCUAUUUCGACCUCGCACAGUCAUUGUUGAGCGCUUAA